UUUUUUUUUGGGAAAUUUGAAAAAAAAUAAAUAAUAAAAUGCAGAUAAUAAUCAAGCUACAAUCAUAUAUACCGGUAUGCUGCAUAUGCGAAGGAAGAAAGAAAGCCCUUCUCUUACGCAAAUUCUCCUCCAAGCAACAAAUCCCCCUAUCCCCUCUCUUUCUGUCAGAAACAUUACCAUAGUUGCCAACAAUCAGUUUUGCAUAUAUUCACAGCCCUCAAGGAUCAUUACUGCCUUCUCUCUCCUUCUCUCUUCUUUCAAGGAACAAAGAGCUCGAAAACAUGUCUAGAAUAUUAACGAUCACUACUCUUAUUUCCCUUCUCACAAUCACAGUCCUUACAACCCCAGCUACUUCCUCUACAGACUCUUUUGUCUUCGGUGGGUGUUCACAGCUAAAAUACACACCAGGUUCUCCUUACGAGUCCAACGUUAACUUGCUACUCACAUCCCUUGUUAGCUCAGCCACGUUCACCACCUACAAUAACUUCACUGUCAAGUCCCCCACACCACAGGACACUCUUUACGGUCUCUUCCAAUGCCGAGGAGACCUCUCCAAUGGUGACUGUGCUAGCUGUGUAGCUCGUGCAGUGAGUCAGCUCGGCACUCUUUGCCCUGACUCGAGUGGUGGCGCCUUGCAGCUUGAAGGGUGUUUUGUAAAGUAUGAUAACACGACGUUUCUUGGAGUGGAAGACAAGACGGAGGUGUUGCAUAAAUGUGGGCCGAUGAUCGGGUAUGAUUCUGAUGCAUUGAACAGCCGUGAUGUGGUGUUGGGUUACUUGGGGACUAGUGAUGGGUCCUACAGGCCUUUCAGAGUUGGUGGGUCCGGGGAUGUUUCUUCUGUGGCGCAGUGUGUCCAAGAUUUGAGUGCGAGCGAGUGUCAGGAUUGUUUGUCUGCGGCGAUCGGACGGCUGAAAACAGUCUGCGGGCCCGCUGUUUGGGGGGACAUGUACUUGGCCAAGUGUUAUGUGCGGUUUUCCAAAGCUGGGGCGUCCUCCAACGGCGGAAAUGGACAUGAUAACGACGGAAAUGAUGAAGUUGAGAAGACACUUGCAAUUUUGAUAGGACUUAUUGCCGCGGUUGCAUUACUCAUCGUGUUCCUUUCUUUCUUAAGGAAAGUUUGUGAAAAAGAUAGAGCUUGUAAAUAAUAGAAUUUAAGCAGAAAAAGAUAUCCAGGAAAUGGGUUCCCUCUGGUAAUUUCCCCCCUCUCUCCCUCCCUCCAAUUGAAGUUUCCUUCAAAUUUCUUCUAAAGAAGCCUGGAAGGGUAAAUAGAAAGAUGUUCAUGGAAACAGGUACCCUUGAAACAAGUGAAAAAGAAGAAGAAAAAAAGGUUUGCAAUAAGGUGAAAAGGCCUAAAGAUUCCGCACUCUCCUCUCCAGUCUUAUAACAUCAAUGGUGGUAGUUCUCUCUCUCAUUGUUUUGUAUAAAUAGUGAUUGUGAAAGUGCUCUUUGCAACGCUGUAGUUAGUGCCUGAGAUAUUAGAGCUUUAUACUUUGUUUUCACUGCAAGUGUUGUAUUCACAAAACUUGUUAAAUUUUAUUUCAAUUCAAUGUUUACUUUCCUCCUUUCCUCGUA